CCUCACCGUUGUACGGGGUUCGGAGAGCCAGGCCAGCCGCCGCCAUUUUGUCCGAGAGCAGCGAAGUGAGCGGAGUGAGCUGGGCCCGCGCUCUGCCCGUCCAGGCCCGUGUAUCCACUCACUCGCUCGCCCUCCCGCCAUGCCCGUGUAGACCCCGAGCUCCCCCUCUCAGAGAGUGUGACCGAGCCGGGUAGAGCUCUCUCGGUGUCCCCCCGCCCGGCCAGCUCCAAGAUGUCGGAGGCGGAGGCCAGAGAAGACGCGUGUCGGGAUUACCAGUCGUCGCUGGAAGACCUGACCUUCAACAGCAAACCCCACAUUAACAUGCUGACCAUCCUGGCCGAGGAGAACGUGCAGUUCGCCAAGGACAUCGUCACUGUUAUCGAAGCACAAAUCGCCAAGGCUCCAACUUCAGAGAAACUUCCAGUCAUGUAUCUAAUGGAUUCCAUUGUUAAAAACAUCGGAAGAGACUACCCCACAGCAUUUGCUAAAAACCUAGUUACUACAUUUGUUAAUGUGUUCGAAAAGGUGGACGAAAAUACUAGAAAAAGUUUAUAUAAAUUACGUUCGACAUGGGAUGCCAUUUUUCCUUCAAAGAAAUUGUUUGCGCUCGAUGUGAGAGUCAACUCCAUAGACCCAGCUUGGCCAAUUAAACCUGUACCUCCAAAUGUUAACACUGCUAGCAUUCAUGUGAACCCCAAAUUCUUAAACAAAUCAGAGGAAUCUCCUCCAGCCACCAUUCCAUCCCCAUCUGCUGUACCUCCUCGCCCAAGUAAUCCUGAUGUACAGAAGCAACUGUCUCAAGAGCAGGUGAUUAGGCAACAAUUGCUGGUGAAGCAAAAACAGUUGUUAGAACUUCAACAAAAGAAGUUGGAGCUUGAGUUGGAACAAACAAAAGCACAACUGGCAAGCAGUAUUAGUUCUGUUUCGCUACCUGUAAAAACUAAUACUGCUACACCAGAGAUUCGCCACCCUCCUGCUAAACUUCCACUCCCUCCUCCUCCUCCUGUAAAUCUUGAAAAGAGUAGAGCUUCCGUAUCUACACAGCCCCCUGACAGGCCCCAAGUGCCAGUCAGAGACCCUCGCCUUAUUAGAGCUAAUCCACAUUUGCCACAUAAAGACCAAGGUCAUAAAAAAGAACUGAAACCCAUUACAUUGAGUCCAGCUGACAUUAAGCAAACUAAACCUAUACCAAUUGAAAAGAACGCUGGAAAAGUAGAAAAGGCCAAGUUUAAUGAAAAACCACUUAAAAAUGACCCUGUGGAGGCUGAGCUGAAAGGAAAAUCCAAAUCUCCAUCCCCUCUUAAAAUGAAGUCCCCUCACACAAAGGAGAAGUGUCAAACUCCAGAUAAUGUAAGGAGUACUGAUCUAACUAAGAAAGAUCCAAGGCUACGGAAACACCCAAGAGAUAAAACUGAUGAGAGAGACGAUGUAACUAAAGAGAAGAAAAAAUGUCUGGAAAAGAGAGAAGAGCACAAAUCCAUUGAGCACAGACAAACUGGAAACCGGAAUAAAAUUGUAAAUGGUGUGUCUCCAAAAAAGGAUAUAAAUAUUAUUGAUUCUGAUAAAUUAGCUGCUAAAUCUGGAAGAGUGAGCAAUCGAAAGCGGUCACAUUCACCAAAACCUAGAUCACCUGUGCGUUCAACAAAAUCCCGAUCUCCGGUGCGUUCACCAAAGCCUCGGUCACCAGUACAUUCCCCUAAACGGAGGGAAAGACGAUCUCCAAAGAGAAGGCAACGAAGCAUAUCCCCUAUUCCUCCUCUCAUGGAUUUAGUCAAAUUGCGUCCUCCUGGCAUAGAUUUAGUCAAAUUGCGUCCUCCUGGCAUGGAGAUAGUUAAAUUGCGUCCUCCUGGCAUUAAACCACCCCAUGGAGAUGAUUUUCCAUCAAAUACGCGAGAAGAAAGAAAUAAAAGGAUUCCAAAAAUAGAUGCUCGAGAUAACCGAAGGCUUAAGAAAUCUUCAGAGGAAAGACAGAAAGAUCCUCUUUCUCCAGUUUCCUCGAAGUCCAGUUCUGAGCCAAAAGAAAACAUUGAAAAUUGGCAAGGAUUGAAAACUAGUAAAAGAUGGAAAUCCACAUGGGAAGAAAAUAAAAGUUUGCAGAAUGAAGAACACCAUCCAGGUAAUAGGAAUCCAUACCCAAGGCACAGAGAUAACUGGCAAAAUAAUAAAGGAAUAUUGUCUCCCCGCACACAAAAGCAACAACCGUGGCUAAGUGUUGACGCAGAUUUAAAAAUACCAAAAGAAUUGACAAGUGCAAGUAAAGGAGAAUUACUUAAAAAGGCUAAUGAACGAUUGGCAUCCGGUGAAAUAACACAGGAUGAGUUCCUUGUUGUGGCUCAUCAAAUUCGGCAACUCUUUCAAUAUCAAGAAGAAAAACGCAGAAGUAGCAACACAUGGGAUAGUCCCACUGAGGAAAGCAAAGCAGGACUAAGGAAAAAACCCCUUCUCUCCAAUGCAGAGUUGACCUACUAUGAGCAUAAGGCAAGACUUAAAAGGACACAAGUCCAACAUCCAUUUCCAGGGCCUGAUCUUUCGGAAUCUGAGUUUUUCGAUUACCAGCUGGAUGAAAUGGUACAUUCAGGUCGAGAAAGUGAACAUGGCGGAAGGAUUUCUGCUGGCAUCUCUGAUAGAAGUGAACCAUUUUCAGAGAGACAAAGGCACUUGUCUCCUAUACCUGACUCCAGGCCUUAUGAUGGAGAUGCUCCCAUUGAGAGUCAAAGAAGACCUGAUGAUAAGAGAGAGCUUUCAACAGGAUUAAGAGAAGAACCAAUAUCUCCCUACAAUGAGCAUUUUCAACACAACAGACCCAGAUUUGAUGGAUCAGAGCAAGCACUUUUUAGUGAUGGUGACUCUAGAAUAACUGGAAAUGAUGCUAAACAUGGUACUUUGCUUGAUGAUAGAAGACAAAUCCAUGACGUCCCAUUAAGACUGCCUCCUGGUACAAGGAUGGAUUUGCCUGCUGUGAAAGGCUUUGAAGAAUCUCCCAAUGCAGCAAACAUCAGAGAGAAUUCUCCAUCAAAUGCUUGUAUGCCUUUUGAUGGUCCAUCAGGGAACCAGAUGGGCUCUCAGCACUUUGAACAAAUGCAAGUUGAUGCUCCUUUUGAACCCAUGGCUAGCAAGCCAUUGGAUGGUCCAAGGUUUGAGAAUACAUCUGUUCAGCCAGUUAAUCUACAGUCUCAGCCUGUAGGUAUGCAGAGGUUUGAUGUUGCACAAACUCAGAUUGCACCUGUCCAGCCUAUGGGUUCUCAAGGUCAGCCUUUAGGAAGACAGAGAUUUGAAGGAGUGCAAGGUCCACCAUUGAAUGCCCAAAGAUUUGAAGGCACUCCAGGCCAACCAUUAGGACCUCAACGGUUUGAAGGCAUGCAGCCUUUGGGUUCCCAAAGAUUUGAAGGCACAGUAGGUCCACAAAGAUUUGAUGGGUCACCAAGACCACCAUUAUUGCAACAAAGGUUUGAUGGUCCACAGUGCUCACCCAUGCGGUUUGAACAACCAGUUGGACAACAAAUGCGAUUUGAUGCAAAUGUAGGGCAACCAGUAGGUUCAAUGCGAUUUGAAGGACCUCAUGGUCAAAGGUUUGAUGUAAACCAGCCUUCACGUUUUGACCAUGGACCUGGUCCGCAAUCUUUAAUUAGAUUUGAUGGACCUCCAAGGUUUGAUGCUCCUGUUAAUAGAUUUGAAGGUCAACCAGCCCACUUGCCAAGGUUCGAUGUGCUACAUGGCCAACCUUGCCAAAGGUUUGAAGGUCCCCCUGGACAUCAAACGCCUCCAAGAUUUGAUGGACCUAUGCAAAUGCAGCCAUUAUUUGAUGGACCUAUGCCGCAAAGGUUUGACGGCCCUAAUCCACAACCACGAUUUGAAAUGCCAAUUGGGCAUCAAGGGCCAAGGUUUGAAAAUGUAACUCAUGCACCAAUCAGGCAAAAUGCACCACCUUAUGGUCAAACUGGACCUUAUGUUGAUCAUCAAAACAUGUUUCAGGGGCCUCCUCAAGGAAUGCCAUUUCAAAGACCAGAGCAAAGAUUUGACAUGCCACCAGGUCCAAACCUUACUGGACCUCCUCGUUUUCCAAACCAGAAUCUUAGACCACCUGGACCUUAUUUUGAUGAGAAAAGUCAACAAGGACCUCCAUUUGGAAGUUUCAGUAAUAUGUCUGUUGGAAAUAUGCCAGCAAGUCAACCAUUCCCUCCUCCAGCGCCUUUCAAUCAGGAACAGCCUUUUGUACCACCCUCACAAGGGUCAAGUGUGGGAGUAUUUGUAAACAACCAGGCAGCUGCGUCUCUUACCUAUCCUGAAAAUCACUUGGGACAGCUUGAUGUUAAUGAGCUCUUCUCAAAGCUGCUUUCAACAGGAAUCCUUAAAGCUUCUCAAACGGAGACACCGAGUCAAUCAACAAGUGAAGCACCUGAAUCAGAGCCUGCAUCACAACCUCCUCCUGAGGAAGAGGAUGAUGAACCUGUUGAGGACCAGGAUGUCCCCGAUUUGACCGGUUUUUCCAUGGAGGACCUGAAACAGCGAUAUGAAAGCGUUAUUACUCGGUUAUAUACUGGCAUCCAGUGCUAUUCAUGUGGCAUGAGGUUCACAAAAUCCCAGACAGAUGUGUACGCUGACCACUUGGACUGGCAUUAUCGUCAAAACAGAACAGAGAAAGAUAGGAAAAUAACGUAUCGUCGGUGGUAUUACAGCGUUCAAGACUGGGUUGCCUUUGUGGAGAUUGCUGAUUUAGAGGAACGGGCCAAAAGUCAGUUUUUUGAAAAGGUGCAUGAGGAGGUCAUAUUAAAGACUCAAGAGGCUGCUAAAGAGAAAAAAUUUCAAAGUAUAGUUGCUGGCCCAGCAGGGUCUGAUGAGAUCUGUGAAAUUUGUGAGGAACAAUUUGAACAGUAUUGGGAUGAGGAGGAAGAGGAGUGGCAUCUCAAAAAUGCAAUGCGUGUAAAUGACAAGAUUUACCAUCCUUCAUGUUAUGAAGACUACAAAAAUACAUCCUCUUUCUUGGAUAGCACACCGUCUCCGAGCAAAACAUUUUUGGAAAACCCACUCAAUGCUAUGUUAAACCUAGUUAAGGAAGAAGUGAAAGAUUGCUCACCUGCUGUUGAAGUAAAACAAGAACCGAUGGACACUACUACGGUCACAAGUUGUAGUGAAACUAUACCUUUACUUACAGAAAUAAAAACAGAACCUACAGAACCAGAAUAAUCCACCAGAGGAGCCACAGCACUAAUACAUUUUCAACUGGGGGCUGGGUCCUCGGUAUAAUUUGAUAACUCCUUAAAUACGCUUAAUACAUUUUUGUAUUUGAAUUUCUUAUUGCCUGCACAGUUUCAUGUGUGGAAAUUCUGUAAAUGUGUGCAGAUAAAGAUGAAAUUGUAUUUAAAGUAAUGUACAAUUUUCACAUGAACAAAAUAAAAUAUUUUUGCUAUAAA